GAAUUGUAUAUCCUCCUUGGUCUUACACCUGAGGCUACACAAGAAGAUAUUGUGCGCGAAGGGAAAAGACUGAAGGCACACUGGCAUCCAGAUAGGAAUAAAGCACCAAACGCUGAAGAAGAGUUUAAGAAAGUGAGUGAAGCAACGGAGGUGUUGAGCGAUCCGCGCAGGAGGAAGUGCUAUGAU